CUUAAACUCGUGUCCCAAUCUCUUAUUUAUACAAAUCCUCAAGUACAAACUUCCAUGCCCCCUCCCAAUAUACUCUUUAAUUUGCAUCCUCUUCUCAGCCUCCCGCUAGACUAGACAUGGUUAAGUUCUCGAAAGAGCUUGAAGCUCAACUUAUUCCCGAAUGGAAGGACGCAUUUGUCAAUUACUGGCAGCUCAAAAAACAUGUCAAAAAGAUUAAGCUAUCAAGAAAAGCUAAUAAGCAUGUGCCCGAUAACAAACAAGAUUUUGGGCGGUCUAUUUUCGACCCAAUUCGUGUUCUUGCCGGAAGAAUAACUGGUGGGGCCAGUGAUCGUAACCUGGAAAUCAUUCAGGUUAAGAAUAGAAUUGACGUGCAAGAUGAAGACGAAAAAGAAGUUGAACUGUAUGAAACCGAACUAGUUCAACUAUUUUCUGAAGAGGACGAGGUUAAAGUGUUUUUCGAGAGUCUAGACGAUGAGCUUAAUAAAGUAAACCAAUUCUACCGAACUAAAGAGACCGAGUUCCUUGAAAGAGGAGAUAUAUUAAAUAAGCAGCUACAGAUUUUGCUCGACCUCAAGCGCGUUAUCGGCAGUCGAUGCCGGAAAACCCAAGCCGCCAGGUCAUCGGGCGGCAGUUCAGGCUUUCUCUCUCGGACUAGCUCACCGUCUGGCCGGAAUUCGGAUUUUUCCGAAAGUCAGAGUUCUGAAUAUUGUAACAGCCCAACAGAUUCCCAAACAGAAGAUGUAAUUGGUGCACUUGAAAGAAAUGGCAUUAAUUUCGUAAACUCGGCCACAAGGGAAAAGACUAAAAAGGGCAAGCCGAAAAUGGCCAUGAGAAUUGAUAUUCCGGCCACCACGCCCACACGAACUAUAGCCGCGCUUACAUCUAUGCUAUGGGAGGACUUAGUUAAUAACCCCAAAAAGGGCGCAAAUAGUGGAGAGUACAUUAAUCGGAAAAAAAUUCAAUGUGCUGAGAAAAUGAUAAGAGGGGCAUUUGUGGAACUCUACAGAGGACUUGGCUUGCUCAAAACAUACAGCUCACUCAAUAUGGUGGCCUUCACUAAAAUACUAAAGAAAUUCGACAAGGUGUCAAACCAGCAGGCUUCAACAAGUUACCUCAAAGUGGUGAAGAGAUCCCAUUUCAUUAGCUCAGAUAAGGUUGUAAGGCUAAUGGACGAAGUGGAGUCCUUAUUCACACAGCACUUUGCCAACAAUGACCGGAAAAAGGCCAUGAAGUUCUUGAGACCCCAACACCAUAAAGAUUCUCACAUGGUUACUUUUUUUGUUGGUUUAUUCACGGGCAGCUUUGUGACGUUGUUCAGUGUAUACGCAAUAUUGGCCCAUUUAAGUGGUAUGUUCUCACCAGGAACUGAAUCCGCUUACAUGGAGACAGUCUACCCCAUUUUUAGCAUGUUUGCCUUACUAAGCUUACACUUAUUCAUGUACGGAUGCAAUCUGUUCAUGUGGAAAAGCACGAGAAUCAACUACAACUUCAUAUUCGAAUUCCAGCCGAGCACAGCUCUUAAAUACAGAGACGCUUUCUUAAUUUGCACGUGUUUAAUGACUUCAGUUGUUGGGGCUUUGAGCUCUGCCCUGCUUUUGGUAUGUCCAUUCAAUAUAUUUUAUCGGCCGACAAGGUACUGUUUCAUUAGAGUCAUACGCAACAUUGUGUGCUCUCCAUUUUACAAGGUUUUGUUGGUUGAUUUCUUCAUGGCUGAUCAGUUGACUAGUCAGGUUCCGCUAUUGAGACACAUGGAAUCAGCAGCCUGUUAUUUUCUGGCGGGAAAUUUCAAAACACACCGGUAUGAAACGUGCAAGUCUGGAAAGCUUUAUAGAGAGCUUGCAUAUGUCAUCUCUUUCGCACCUUACUAUUGGCGUGCCAUGCAGUGUGCAAGAAGGUGGUUUGAUGAAUACAACGUGGACCAUCUUGCUAAUCUAGGAAAGUACGUUUCGGCUAUGGUGGCUGCUGGGGCCAGGCUAACCUACUCCCAGCAGCCAUCACAGCUAUGGAUGGUAAUUGUUUUAGUCACAUCUGUUCUGGCCACUGUUUACCAGUUGUACUGGGAUUUUGUUAAAGAUUGGGGACUUUUUGACCCCAAAUCCAAAAACCUUUGGCUUAGGGAUGAGCUUGUACUCAAGAACAGAGGCAUCUACUAUGCUUCCAUUGCGCUUAACUUUGUAUUGAGAGUAGCGUGGGUGGAGACUAUGAUGAGGUUUAACACGGGGAUGUUUGAGUUACGGGUGAUCGACUUUUUUCUUGCAUCGUUGGAGGUUAUUCGACGUGGGCAUUGGAAUUACUAUAGAUUGGAAAAUGAGCAUCUGAAUAAUGUGGGAAAAUUCAGAGCGGUGAAAACAGUUCCGUUGCCAUUCCGUGAGGCGGAGUCUGACGGGUGAGAUUCGAUUGUAUGUCUAUUUGUUAGGCAAAAUUGAACCAAAGAAGAUGAGAUAGAUGGAAUAUAUAUUCUUGCCUAAUGUGUGCAUGUAUAUUCCAGACUGAAAACUGUUCAUAUAUUACCAUUUUCAGAUUUCUAAUUUUAUUGAAUACGUUGGUUUGCUUUCUCUCAGCCUCAGGUUCGGGAAACUCUAUCUUACUUGUGGUUGAUUGCAAGUGUAAUAUAUAUUGUUCGUGUUUACAAUGAAGGAAAAA